CACUAGGAUUGCACUUCCAGCCUUCACAGGAAGCGGGUGGUUUCCCUCUAGAGGAGCGUCUGCGGAGGAGAAGGGGUUAAUGUGCAGUUAUUACUGAAGGAGCCAGCAGGAGGUAACGCCCCAAAUGUCCGAUCAGCCUCUGAGGUUCCGUCAUCUGAGAUCUUCAGGAUUCACGUCAUUACAUGGACGCCUUCAUGGGAAGGAUUGGGAGGGUAACGCUGGGUCCGGUCCCUCUACCGUAUAUUUUCGUCAUUGUGUUGAUCCCUUUCUGGAUGUCGUUCUCCAGCCAUGAAAACUCCUUGUUAUUUUCUAUAUGUGUCAUCAUCACAGUCAUCGUAAAAGGUUCGCUGCUCUCCUGCUGGAUCAUGGACAGAGUGACAUCUUGGAUCCUGGCGGUGACACUGGUCACAUGUGUGAUGAUUGCUCAGGUGAUCGUCCUUCAGUCAAGUCUUCACUCCUCUCUCUUCUCCUUGGUCGUCCUCGUUCCUCCAUCCACCUUCACCACCAUCUGUACCUGUAAAUUACAUCUCUGCGGCCGAGGAGAUCAGAAGGAUCCUGUUCCUCGGAGCUGGCAGGUCAUCGGGAUCUUCUCCCGGAGUGCACAGGAUGGGUACGCCUGGCUCACCUCUAUUCUGGGCGGAGUGGGAAGAGUAGUUCCCUUUACUAUUACAAACUCGAAUUCUGCACAGUUCAGACAGCAGGUCUCGCAGUGCACGUUCUCCAUAUUGUAUCACUCAAAGACGAGAGGACGGGUCAACAUCACCGACGUGACAGACUCGCUGUACGAUGAUGAACUGGAACAUAUGUCAAAGGUGCUUGGUAAGAGUAAGGUGAUUGUUGUAGCUGAUGACAUGGAUGACAGCAGCCCCAGGACUGAGAAGAACAUCCUGACCAACCAGCCGUCCAUCGCUCAACUGAGUGGCGGUCUCUAUCUGUUCACCGAACAGGAGAAAAUGGACAAUGAAUUGAUGAAAGACAAAGUGCAGCUAAUAUAUAAUGUAAUCUCUAGAGGGUGGAGCAGCAGCGUUAUUUCUGAUCUAGUUCUGGUCUUCUUGGUCAUUGCGCCAUGGAUCUACUUUAUCUUCUCAGUCUACCAUGUGAUCUUCCUGAUCACAACAAACCUGAACGGAUCAUUUCUCGUGAGAUUCGCCACUUACGCUCCAAAUCAUCAGGGUGCCCGAUUUGUAGGGACAGCUGCCGUUCUGGUCCUCAUGGUGGUUGAGAUGUCCUCCUUGUACUGGAUAGCAUCAAGUAUGAAUAUGGCCCUGCUCCUCGCACAAUCUCUUGGAACAGUAGCAUUCAUCCUCAAGAUAUCCAUGUCCUAACCAAAGGUCAGUCCAGUGAAUAAAAGGAGCCUGUUAUUAUCUGAACCUGACGGAAGAGGAUCUAGCUACUGAAUGAUGAUGAUGAGGAGACACCAGGAGAGUGACCACCGGACUCCAACUCCAGGAAAAUCAACCAGAACCUCAGGAACUUGCACUAAGAAACAAGGGGUGUGAUGGGGCACACUGUCUACUCAAUACUGCGGUCUGACCCCUGAGACCCCAAGACCAUUCCUGCUGGACAGCGGGGUUCUUCACACCCAGUGACAUCUCCAUUCCUAAAGCAGCUGUCCAGAAAAGGACAUGAUAUUUAUACAGCUAUUCUGUACAAAAUGAUGAGUGAGGUCUCCAAGAAAUAAAAUAUCCAAUCUACCACA